AUGUCUCUCGUUGCGUCGGCCUUCGAUGCGACAGGGCAGUUCUACGCGAGUGUAUCGGUAUCUCUCGACUCGCACGUCCUUAGGGUACAGAGCUCCAGAGAUAUGGCGGAUAAUCUCUCCAACGUAUAUCCAUUUGAGAAAGGAGUCAAGGUCCGAGCUCUUUCCUGGAUCCAGGCCCCCUCAGAGGCGUCAAAAGGUGUCAAAAACAGGCGUGUAGACGCCUCCUUGGAAGACCAGCUGAUUGCCGUCUGCUUGGAAAAUGGCGCUGUUCAUAUAUAUUCCCCAAGCAGAAACGAGAUUGUUCACAAGCUAGCUACUUCUAACCACAUAACCACAUCAGACUUCCAUCACAAUGCGCAUUCUAACGUGGCAUACAGUUGCGAUAUACAGGGAAAUCUCUACGAAUUCAACCUCAGAGACUGGCAGCUUUCCAAGACUCAUAGACCGUUGAGCGAAGAAACAACCUUAACUCGUCUGGCGACAACUGCGUACAAUGGUCAGCCGCAUCUUAUCCUUUGCUCCCACUCCACGUACCUGGUGAAUGCUGAUGACAACUUUGCUGUUGUCAAGACUCUUCCCGGGCACGUAUCUCCUAUACAUACAGUUCUCAACUAUGGUGACGAUAUAGUUUUCACUGCUGCGCAAGGCGAUCGGUUCAUUAACGCCAUUUCGAUCUCGAAAGCCACCACUGUUGGGGUUUUGGUUGCUGAAGAGCCUGUUUUGUCGAUAGCAAUGGCGGACAAUGGGUUUGGUAUGACCAUCUUGGCUGCUACCACUGAGUCUGGGGCAGUGGAAAUAUUCAACAGUCCGCUGAAGAAACAGGAGAAAACUGCUGAGUCUGCCAGUUCGCCUUACAAACGCAAGAAAAAACCAGUCAACACACAGAAAAGUGUCGCCAAGAUCACGGUCGCUCGGCCUGCAUCAGAGGUUGCGGAAAAUCUUCCAAUUCAGGGCAUUUCUCUGGGGCCAAAACACCUCACCUUGACUUGGCUUGAGGAUUCCAGCGUUCCCUUCUUUGAUGCUCUAGACUGGUGGGUGCUAGCCGAAGAUGGCUCAAAAAUCUACAAAAUAGUCGAGGACGUCAAGCUGGAAAAACCAAAGCCUAAUCUCAAGGUUUCUCAGUUCUCUAAAAAGGGCCACGACAUUGCUGCUCCAAAAACCUACAACGAGAGCAACGCGGUCGUUUCAUCGGGUGACAAUCUUAGAGAUCUCGAAACAGCCGAGGACGACGACGAAGACGAAAUUUCUCUUGCAGAGAGACUGCGAGCAAUACAGACGAACGGCCACGCGAAUGCCGCUGAGAAGACCGGAAAAGCUUCGACAGGAACCUUGACAACUGUGCUGUCGCAGGCACUCAAAUCGAACGAUCAUUCUCUCUUGGAAAGCGUGCUGAACAACAAGGACGAGACGGUAAUCCGCAACACUAUCCUAAAACUGGACACGAUAUAUGUUGGCCCGCUUCUGGACAGGUUGGCAGAAAAGAUUGCCAGAAACACCAAUAGACAAACGAACCUCGCCUACUGGGUCAAGCACAUUUUAAUAUUCCACGGCGGAUCUCUGCAAAACUCAGCCAGCUUGAAUUUGCUGGCCACCACCAUGAAAAGAAAAGCAGGAAAUUUAGACAGAUUGUUGGAGCUCAGAGGCAGGCUAAGCAUGAUGACAGACAGAUUCGAGCUGAAGCGAGAGCUGGUAGGUCUCGAGACACGCGAUGAUAACGAGGAAGACGCGGACGUCGAGUAUAUCGAGGAACUGGACGACGCAGGUCUGCUGAGCAGCGAGGAGGAAGAUGAGGAAGAGGACGAGGAGGAGCAGGAGGAGCAGGAGGAGCAGGAGAACGCGGACGGCGCAGUGCCGGGGGACGACUUCUCAGAUGACCAGAACAGUGAUUUGGAAGUUGAAUCGAACGGGAGAAAAAUAGACCUUAGCGACUCUGAGGAGUCGUCGUAA